GUUCAAAUAAUUAAUACGCGCGAUAAACAGGACGAAUUGCAAAAAGGUACAAUAAUUUACCUUACCUGUCGUUAGGCUCAUUUUUUAUUUAAACGAAGUUAAAACCAAGUGAUUCGAUUUUGAUUUUUCUAUAAUCGAAAUAGAACUUUGUCGAAGGUUCAAGUAAUUGAAUAUUUUUAAUACCAGAAUAUAAGAUUAUCUAUGAUCUGUUCAGAUUUUUCUCGAAUAUAUAUGGAUUAUGCGCGAAAGAUUGGUAAAUCGGAUGAGCCGAAAAAAUGGGUGAAACAGUUUACGACAACGGUGACAGCACGCGAUGGACUUAUGAGUCCGCAGUCGAUAUUUCUGGAAGAUCGGCGCUUGGCGAAUUGGCGGAGAUGGUUAGACAGGCGAACGAUACAAUAUAAGCGCAUUACGUCUACGACCGGUCGUCAUCGAAAUGAUCAAAUUCUGAAUUCUUGCGAAAAGGUACGGCCACUGAUCGAAAUGAGAAACUUGAUAGAUUACGCGACAGUGCCGAUACCAGCUAUACCCGAUAAAUAUCGAGGUGGUACGGAAUUUUGGAGGACCCCGAAAACACUGCCUAAACGUGACCCGUGUUUGCCAGAUAUUACGUUUACACCGAGUAAAAAGGAGCUAAAUGUAAUUCCGGAAUUGACGUACGUCGACUUGCCCGAAUUAAUAGAGAAAGAAAAAGAUUUGGUCGGCUUGAAAUCGAAGGAACCAUCGUGGGGACGCAGUCGGUACUUGAAGAGAAGAGAGAAGGAGUUGUCGAAAGAAAUAGCGAUGCUCGUGCCGAAACAACCAGAAACGAAAGACUUGGCAAUCAGGAAUUCAAUCGCAGCGAUAAAGGAACCGUUCGCGAGAAUUCCGCCGAUAACAGUUUCCGAUACAGAAGGGAAAGAACAGGACGCAGGAUUCUGCUGCGAUUGUUAUUCCGAGCAGGCGAUCGUCCUGAAGAUCCAAGAUCGUGAAAUCGUUUGGCGGAACGUUUCAUCGAAGCAGGACCGCGCGCAAUCAGAUCCAAUCCAGUGGAAUUUAACAUUUUGUGGAAAAAUUAACGAAAGGACGGAGAAAGAAAUCGUGUUCGAGAAUAAAGGAAAUCGCGUGAUCGUUUACCAAUGGCGGGACGCAACGUUUCGAUCUAACGCAAUUCCUUUAGCCAAACGAACCAGUUCUUUCUUUUUUAACAAAACGAAAGGAGUGAUCCUUCCAGGGCAAAUUGUCAAAUUAAAGAUAUGGUAUCUCGGUGUCUCUUAUGUUUCUACCGAAUUCUGGAAACUUACGACCGAUCCAAUCUUGUGUUCCUCUCCGUUGGUAUUUCGAUUUUGGGGUUGCGCCGAAACCCCAAACGUUCUCCCUUCAGUAAACUUUCGUCCUGUACAAAUAGUCGAUAAAUACUUGAAUCGUUGCAUUCGAAAUACCGUGAUACGUGAGAUAAUUAACGAUAUUAUGGAAAAUGUGAGUUUCGCUAGACAUCCGGAACCUGCGUACGGUAGCCUAUUUUUAGAGUCAGAACUAUUCGCUAUUCAAAAUUCACUGUGCUUUUACAAUCCGACGCUUACGAUAGAAUUCCACAAGAUUUACUACAAUGCGACGAAUCAAACGAAGCACCGUUGGAACAUGCUGUUAAACGAUAUACGAGAAAUCCUAUUGAAGAUCAAAGAACCGGAACGUAGGAAUAUAAUAUUAUCGCAAUUCACUGAACUUUAUAAAGAAUGUUUGGAACCCUCGUUGUACAGGUCCGUGCGAUAUAACAAGUACGAAACGAUAUACAAUUUGCUUUGCUCGUUUUUCAAUUUGUUCGAGAUGGAAAGCGAGUCAGCAAGAAACGCUUACCUCGUGAACGAAUAUAAAGAAACUCCUGUUAUGGCUCCGCGAAUGAGUUAUACGAUGUCGAUGAACGCAUCUCAGCCAUCCGUUAAGAGCAAUAAUUGGCGAAAUAGACGAGGAAGGAAGUCGAGUGUUCGUUCGCAAAACAGUCAGGUUCGGACAAUUACGGAGCAAAGAAAUCGCACAGUUCCCGCCAAUGAUUCUCUUUAUAAAGAAAUAUUUUUUAUUCGUAUUUAUGAACUUUUGGGAGAAACGAUAAUACGAAUAUUCGCAUCUAUCGAAUCGUUCGAUAAUUUGAACGAACGUGAUAAAUAAAGUUAUUUAAUAGAAAUAACAACGAUUCACUGUUUCCUCGUAUAUUUUACCAGAAUGUACCAGAAAAAGACAGACACAGAACGAUCGUGACUUGAAAUUAACUUAAGAGAUUGCUAAAAAGAUUUGCCUGCAUCUCAGUAAUUGUAUUUCUCGCCAGUUUGUCUUUAUGUCGUUUCCAUCUCUAUCUCUCAGUCUUCGAAACUCUUUUAUCUGUGAAUUAAUUUUAAUCAGCGUAGUCUAUAUGAUAUCGUACAUAAGUAUAUCAGUGACGUUAAUGCAACUCACUUCGCUGGCUCGUAUAGGUAUAACUACGGGAAAUACGAUCCAAGUAGCGCACUCUGGAUAUUCACCGAUAUUGUACGAUCCUGCAUAAGUAUAGUAUCUAGUGCAAUACGUUGACCAGCGCAUCCAUGCUAAACAGUCUACGAGAAACAUGACCAAAAUAUCGAGAUAUUUCCUUCGAUUACAAUCUUAAUGAAUAAUCUUAAUUGACAUUCUUCUAUGUUCUUAAAUAUCACUUGCCAAAUAUUAUCCCAAACUAUAUUCAACGCUUACUAGGUGGUAUUUUCGUUUCCAUGUCUGGAUC